CACAGCAGCGGACUAAUUCAGCUGAGUGACCGUUGGAAUACUUGAAAUAUGGAUUUGCACAACAAUGGCCCAGAAGAUGUUCUACCUGUAGUGAUUAUUGGCAAUGGGCCUUCUGGAAUCUGCCUCUCAUACUUGCUGUCAGGAUACACACCCUACUUGUCUCCAGAGGCCUUUCAUCCUAAUCCGAUCCUGCAAAGCAAACUUGCUGAGAACCCAAAUGUGUCUUUAUUUGAACAGGACCUGAAGUACCUGUGUGAGGGCCUAGAGGGAAGAUCUUCAAACCCUGUGGCUCUACUUUUUGAUUCAUUGCUCCUCCCAGACAGCGACCUUGGAUUGGAUUGUGCUUCACCGUUGCUAUGGCGCCAUGAGCCAGAGAGGGCCAUAUCCCACCUUGUGCUUGGCAAAGGACCACCUGGAGGGGCAUGGCAUGCCAUGGAAGGAUCCAUGUUGACACUCAGCCUCGCUAACUGGAUGGAGCUUCCUGGGCUUCAACUAAAGGACUGGAUGAGGGAAAAACGCAGGAAUGUUCGCAAUGACCGUGCUACAUCAGCUGAUAUUGCUUCAUACUACCAAAACUAUGUGAGAGUAAAGGGGCUGAGUAGCAACUUCGCCUGUGCGACCACAGUCAACUCAGUGCAUCGCGUCUCUGUCAACAAUGACCGAUCCAUCUGGCACAUUCAAGGCACACAGACAAAAGAAGAUGGAGAAGAGGUAUCAUUUUUACUGUGGGCAGACAAAGUGGUGGUGGCAACAGGCACACAUGAUUCCCCUGCUCGUCUGGGCACAGAGGGUGAGUCAUUACCCUUUGUGUGCCACAGCUUCAGUGAGUUUGAGGCAGUCAUUUCACGUGGUCACCUGUCUGAUACCUCAGACCCUGUGCUUGUGGUUGGUGCAGGGCUCACGUCAGCUGAUGCUGUGCUGUGCGCUCACCACCUGAAUGUGCCUGUAUAUCAUGCAUUCCGACGUGGCAUCUCUGAUCCAGCACUUAUCUUCAACCAGCUUCCUCGCGUCCUCUAUCCGGAGUACCAUAAAGUGCACCAAAUGAUGAGCCAGCAGCAGUACCAGCUGGGUCAUUCAAGUCCUGAUAUACCUUCACAGAACCUGACAUUUUCCUGCCCUUACCCUGGGUAUAUGAGCUUUCCCAAGCACCAUGUCACGGCUUUUAAACCCAAUGGCAAGUGCACACUAGUGGCAGACGAUGGGCAGCAUUUGGUGCUAAAGAUCUCAUUAGCUUUAAUUUUAAUUGGUUCUCAGCCCAAUCUGUCAUUUUUGCCUGGGGAGGGCCGGCAGCUGGGAUUUGAGCCAGGACAGCUGAUUAGCUGUCGGCGCAACCCAAUUGAGGUGGACCCAUACACUUAUGAAACCGUGCAGGAGGCUGGGCUGUAUGCCAUGGGCCCACUAGUGGGUGAGAACUUUGUGCGCUUUCUAAAGGGUGGCGCACUAGGCAUUGCAUGUCAUCUUAUGCAAAAGAGGAGGCAAGAGGAGGGAAGCACAUCAAGUCAAGACCUGACCAAUUGUGUCCUGGAUACAUAGAGAGGGGAGCAAGGUGGAGUGUGAAUAACUGA